GAAAUCAAUAUAAAGUAAUCAGCAAGUUGACUCAAGAUGGUACGACUAACAAGAGAAAUAAACAAAGAAAUAGGAGAAGAUAAAAGUGCUAAGGUUUUGAGGAAUGUGACUCUGUUUGUAAUUUGUAAGGAUGGAGGACAAAAGGGAAGAACAUUUAGGAUGGACUAAGUAGUGGAAGCAAGACAGCUUUAAGCAAUCAAGAGAAAGCUGAAAACUCACGCUUACAAUGCACAAAUCUUAUUGGAACAAGAUUACCUUAUUGGAACAAGAUUACAUUCAUAGAAAAAACCCCACAAAAAAAUUUAUAUAAUAAAAUACAUAGGUUAGAUAAUCUUUCUAAUUAAGGAAGAAGUUAGAGAAAUAAAGUAACCUUAGAAAAAGAUUAGUGGCUGCCAUUCUCUGUUUAUCUUCCCGUCUACUGAUGGCGGUAAUGUGCUAAACAUAGUCUGCCAACCUCCAUUAAAUCAAAAGACGAAGAAAAAAAUGAGCCCUCAUUCGAAUGGCCUCCGUCCAAUCAGAGCUUAGAGACAGGGUGCGCCGCUGUUUGAAUGUACUCCGGAAAUAGGCAGGCAAGCUUCGCAACCGAUGUUUGAAAGGACGGGAGCCUCAUGCAGCUUUAAAUACCUGGAAUUUAUUUUGCUUGAUGAGUGAGAAAACAGGCAGGCAUGAAAGUCAUGGAGAAAAAUGUGAUGCGUUUGGCGGCUGUUCAGCACCUCCGCACUGCGUAUGGGAUAAAGACAAAGAACUGGAACAAAAACAAAACAGCCGGCUGCAAGUCGACAGCCAGCAUUUCGAAAAAAGUUUUUGGUGUACCCCUGGACAGCUUGCCAUACUACAAUAUGGAUUGUGGAAGGGUGCCACGUUUUCUAGUUGAUGCUUGCAUGACGCUGAUUGCAAAUGUUGAAACAGAGGGUUUGUUCAGGAAAUCGGGCUCUGUCGUACGCCUAAAAGACCUCAGGGCUAAGCUGGAUGCAGGAGAAGAGUGUCUACCAACAGCUCGUCCCUGUGACGUUGCGGGAUUGGUGAAGCAGUUCUUCAGGGAGCUCCCGGAGCCCAUUUUGCCCACAGAGCUGCAGGGUGCCUUUUUCAAGGCCCAGCAGCUCGCCUCUGAGGAGGAGAGAACCUCUGCCACAAUGCUGCUGUCCUGUGUGCUGCCAGACAGAAACAUCUGUGUACUGCGUCACUUUUUCGAUUUCCUUCACAAUGUGUCCCGGAGAAGUGCGGAGAACAAAAUGGAUAGUGGUAACUUGUCUGUAAUUCUGGCCCCUAACCUCCUUCACUCUGGAGACGGAACAGAGAAGAUAAACGCCAACACGGAGAAGCGCCUUAAGUUACAGGCGGCCAUUGUGCACUGCUUCAUAGAGAAUGCCAACGACUUUGGGAUCCUACCUCAGUUCCUUCAAGAAAAGGUUCCUGCCAUGAUGGGCUGCGAGCCAGGUGCCCCAUCUCCCUCUCAGGAUGACCUAGAAGAGGCGGACUUAAACUCAGGGAUGAAGAAGAAAAACAGGCGCAGCUUUGGAGAUCUGGUCUGUGGUGCACUGAAUAAGAUAAAAACUAAUAGAACUCCCACAAAUCUCACCCAGCCAGACAGUCUUGUUUUUUCUUCUACAACUCCUGUAAUAGCAACUCCAUCCUCAAAGAGAAAACUUCCGCUGGAACCUCGUCACUCGUUUGGAUUUUCAAACAAGAAGCGUAGGUCUGUAAAAAAGAACCUCGGGUUAGAGCUGCUCCCCAGCACCUUGUUCAGCGGGACCUCGACUCCUGGCUCAGCCUGCAGUGCUUCGGGAAUCCUGGACUCGUCUCAAAAUAUCUCAUCUUCAGCAGGGAGGACUAAAAGGCUUCUGUCUGCCUCUGUUAGAAGGAAGAGUAAACGGUUUAGCAGCAGGCAUCUUCUCAACAGGGUUGAAUCUGGAAGAGCUGGCUGCUUUUCUCCUAAAGUCAGCAGAAAAGAAGCUCCGCUCAAGUCUCUGCGACAGCGUUUCAGCUUGGGGAAGAGCAACAAAGAUGCUGGGUCUGGGUCCGUUGGCUUGCGGCUUGCCACUCAGGAGAGCACCGCCGGUUUCCUUUUCAACCCAGAGCUGGAGUGUACCCCAUCAACUCUGGCCAGAAAAGCUGAACCAAAGAGCUCCAAAUAUAUUAGCAGGUCAGAAGAUAACCUGCUGACCCCCCAGCGUGAUUCCAGUCCCCACCAGGCCUCGUGGAUAGUGGAGACCUCUGUGGGAACGCGGGCUUUAAACAGUGGGUCGUUCACAGAUACGCCGUUGACCACGUGCCUCAAGGGCGGCUACGUGUCCGAGCCGGUCAUCGUUUCCAAGCCGUCGCCGGCGAGCAUUCUCCCCAAGAAGCUGUGCUGCACUUCCAGCUCGGAGAGCAUCGAGAGCCCGCGCUUCAUCGCUGAAUCGCUGCGGAAGCACGAAGCAGCUGUACAAAUUCAGAAUGCCACAGAGCCGGAGAGUGACCUGCAGGCUUUUAAACGCGGCUUCUGCAGCUCGGUCGGAGAACGUGGGCUUAAAUCAUCUGCAAAGAUUCCUGGUACUCCAGCUUCGGCCUAUGAGGUCGAUGGCUCCCGCCCUCCAGCUCAGGACGAUGAACAUAAUGUCACAUUCGGUCAAUUCAAUAUGGAAGCACUCACUCCUUUGCAUAUUGACAGUGGGGUGUUUGAUUCCAGUGCACACUGUAGUCCGGUAACUAGCAAAGGUUUAUCUCCUCCCUUUAGUCGCUGCAGCAAUUCCACAUUAGGUUCAGUUGAAAGGCUCCCACAGCAGAUGAACUGCAGCAGACUCAUUGAUGCCUUGGACAUGCAGAGUCCUGCUCAUUUCACUCUGGGUGUCUCUUCCGGGCUCCAGUCCACUCCCUACAAGCCGGGCGCUGAACUCAAAGAAGAGCCCAGGACGCCAACAAAAGCUGACAUUUUCCGAAGCCAGUCACAACAGGAGGUGAAGGGUUCCCCAGAGAGCGGCGCUAACGUCAAACACCAAGCUUCUCUCUCACCAGACGGCCUGCAGAGCCAAAAGCGCCGCGUGGUGGACCACAUUCAACAUUUCAACAAGCUCACCCUCUACUCUCCCACGGGCGCAAAGAACAAACAGAUAAGAUCGCCCAUCAAGUUCCAGCGCACCCCGGUGCGACUGACCGUGCGCAGGAUCAACUCUCUGACGGGCGAGAGCAGGAGACCCGGAAAACUCUCACAGCUCCCGGCGCCUCAGGCUGCUCAUGUGACAAAGGCUGUGAGUCUAGAGAGCGGCCUCUCCCCUCACCCACAGCCGCGGUCACAGGUAGGGCGCUCCAACAGCACGGCGCCUGUAAAGAAACCCCCUCCGGUCCCGCCGAAAAGGCUGAGCACCUUGCCGCGAAGGCUCAAGCCCUGCGCCUUGGGCGACGUGACCAACAAAACUCAGCCGAAGGCGGAGUGCCCUGCGUCUGCCCCACCAGCUGCCCAGAAACCCGUCGCUCUGCAGCAGUUUGAAAAUAAUAUUAUGAGCCAUUACAGAGGUUCUCCCAGAAACCCCCUCAACCACGGUGGACUCCUCUCUACUACAAAACCUGUUGACUUAUAAGGAGACUUUUUUUUUUCACUCUGUUUGCUAUGUGUUUUUUUUUUAUUUUCCCCCCCGAGAUAUUAAACAUUCAAGCACAUUUUCCUAAAGCCCUAAUUUAUUUUAGCUGCUGUAGGUUUGUGUUGUCUUACGAGGUUAUUGGGAGAUGUCCAGAUGCUCUAAGUUGAAGAUUAACAUAUCACUUUGUAAGGUUGCAUGUUGAGCGUUGAGAUUGCAAUGUGAAAGGGUAAGUUGUGUAAAAUGCUGAUAGUCGGUGAUAUGAAUGGAGACGUGUGGGGUGUUACACUUUUAUUUAAAAAAAACAUUUUCUUAGGGGAAAUUUUGAUUAAAGAAAUAUCUGAAUUUUUUUAUUAAAUGUAUUUUUACUGUCCUGUUGUUAACUGAAAGAAGAGAAAAACCCUGCUUUUUGAUGAAUUUGUGGGGGGCAAAGCUAAACAGGUUUGGUAAAUCUGCAUGCAUCGGUCAAUUUAUUUUUUCAUUCCUUUUUUUUUUUAAGCGCUGUGAAAUGCUCUAGAUAAAUAAAACUGGCUUAAUACUUCU